UCAAAGCCAGGUGAUGGGCAUUUCCUCCAAUCAGACUCAACCAGCAGCAGAAGUCAGAGCUCAGUGAUUCAUUUGUUUGACAAGUAAAACACAUGGAUUGAUUUCACAACUACAACUGUGAAAAUAUACGGACAACUUUACAAUCCUGGAGAAAGACUGACCAUCAUGUCAGAACGUAUCCAUCUCCACACGAGACUCUUUGUGCUGGUCUGUGCAGCUGUCAUGUCGUUUAUCAUGUGUUCAGAUGUCGCUAGAGCCAGUCCAAUAACAAGACAAUCAGACCCUGGAGUGAAGAACAAAGUCCUAAGACGACUGUACGCUCCAAACAGGUCGCAACAUCAGCUCUUUACUGGCAGUCCAUCACCUGAAACUGGACUCCAACAUGGACCUUCCAGGGAAACUGAGACAAUCUGGAAUCAGAGAGAAGCUUCGUCAAUCAUUGACCAACAAUCAGAACCUGUGUGGUUUACAGGCGGUGGCUUUGGUUACAACCAAAACAGCCCAGAUAACAGACACUCCCAUACUGGAAUGACAGAGCAGAGUGGAAUGCCGCCAGACGACAACAACAAUCGACAUGUGGGAGAAAACUUGGAGAGACGUCAAAACAGAGUAAAUUACCUCCCUGAAACCAGACAUGUUUAUAAUUCAUCCCCACUGAUCAUUAGGAAAUCAUCACACACAGAAGCUGCCAGUCCUUUCGAUCAGCGCUCCAGUCUGCCGCAAGUUUGGAACCCAAACAUUGUUCAGAAAUCUUCCCAUCAAGAAAACUUUCAUUGGAAUAACUUUUCAAAUAAAGUAGGAGAUAAAAGUGUUUGGCAACAUUCUCACUUUCCUCCAUUUUCAUCUCAGACUCGUAGAUAUCCAAGCCCUUCCCUGCCAACUCAAAGAGGGCAUUACAGCAGCUACGAAGAGACAAAUGAGCCCGCUGAAUCCGGGACGACAAGUACAUCAAGAGAGAUUCAAUCAAGAAACUAUCUUAGCGCUGCGAGCCAGACUCUUCCUUAUGCACCAUUAAUCAGCAACACCUUAGACGCCUAUGUUAUUGAAAACAACCACAGACCAGAACCACAGAGAUCAUCCAUCACAGGUUUCUCCCAAGGAUGGCAAUCUGAGAGAAGCAGUGAAACGGCAGGAAGGAAAAACAUCCAGUCGUAUCUGUUUAAAGAUUCCAAGGCGUCUGUCAGUGGACAUCAGUUGUUAAACACAGGAGUGAUGGAAGGACAGAGCACUUUUCCUACAACAGCAUAUAUGCAAAGACCAUCUGAUGCACAGGUUUAUGCUGAGUUUUCUUCAGAUUUCCAAGAAAAAGGUCCAAAUCUACUGUAUCAAACUGCUGAUGUGGCUCAAACUGUUACGUUCACGCAAUCUCAUCACACAGCAGCAGAGACUCAAGCCCAAACUUUGGUGCGUCCUCUUCAGGGGUCACAUGACACCAGGGAGCGUUUCAUCCCUACUCCUUAUGCAGAUUUUCAGGGCAACUAUGCCACUAAAGGAGGGAAACCUGCACUCAGUAGCUUGGUCAAUCCAACCACAAGUGAAUCAACGCAGCCUCAAAAACCUGAACAAACCAAUAAAGGCAUUUACGGCUUCAGAGGGUUUCAAAAUCCUACAUGGAGAGCUCUGAAGGAGCCGUCUGUUCUCUCAUUUGGAGGUUUGAAUGACAGCGCAAACUCUCGGGGAUACACCUUUGAUAAAGGAAAGUAUAAAAUGACGAAUGUGUACCCAGCUUUGUCACGAAAGUAUAGCUUUAAGCAAAGAGUUGUAACCACUAUGGCGACUACAACACCAGCUAAAUUAGAGAGACAACACACAGAUUAUUCCUCUCCUUCCCCUGGUGCUUUUGAUAUCCCUCAAAUAUUAAGCACUCCAAGGCCAGUUACAUCAGGAUUUAUGGAAGUACGGCCUCCAAAGUCUGAAAGUGAUACUGGUUUGCAUAGUAAAACUGAUAACAGGAAGUUUAGGAUCUUCAGAAGGAUAUAUGGUGUCAAAGGGUUUAGUAAUCCACCACUUGAGGGAGCCAAAGCUUUACCUCGACAACUAGAUGAGUCUACCAGAGUCCAACAGGACUUGGUGGGAUCCAAACUUAGAAGCUCACAGGUCUGGCAACCAGAAAGCAGCAGGAUUCAGAGAUAUAGGCUCAAUAAAACAGAGCAGGAAACAAAAAUAAGAGACAAUGAGCCACCUCUAAAGACAUCAGGAAGCGCCAAAUCAGUCCACAGGCCUGCACCUCAAAGAUACAAAAAGCACCGCAGGAUCUAUAAUUUUCGUGGAUUUCAACCGGUUCAAAACGGAAUUGGAAAUGCAACGAACAAAACAAUCUGGAAGAACAAAGAACACUCAGCGAGUCAGAGAAUCCCCUCCGCUUUUCUCAGAUCAACGGGGCCUCUUAAUGUUCAGUCUCACCUGAAACCUGACCCAAGAAUGUCAAACAAAACCAAACCCGUUGCAAUGAAAGCAAGUCUGCUUAACAGUUUUACUAGUUCUACAGUGAGAGGUACACGUGUGAAAGGAAAACCAGCUAAUACCAAAUAUCUCAGUGUACCCACCUCACGAACCAAUGAUGCUGUAAACGCAGCCAUAGUCAGGCAACCCAAGCCACCUAAAAAAACAUUAAGAGCAUUCACUUACUCUGAUGUUCUUGGAAGUGCUUCGUACAGAAGUGUCAGUGCAACAACCCAGACACCAGUCACACCAGCUGCUAUCACCGCUACCACCACGGAAAAACCAGAGGUGGCUCAUCUGACCUUGAAGUCAGAGGAUGCUGUGUUUGAUAGAGAGAACUCAAGCAGAGGCCCUGAGGAGGACAAGUUAGGGGAUUUCAGUGGUGUUGAGGAAAACAAGAUGGAUAUAAGAAGUACAGACACUGACCUAAAAACAUCAGACUCAUUUCAGGAUAUGGAAGGAAGUGGAAGUGGAGAUUUAAAUCCAUUUGAUGUUUUUUCAACAAAGAGUAAUGGAUUUAGUGAUGAUUUGCAAGAACUGGAUUAUCUCAGAAUAUCAGCUGGGAACGUCUCCUUCAAGUCAAUGAAUGUGUCAAGUAAUGAGAGAUGACUGAAGCUUGAUGUAUUCUCAUGUAGUCUGAACAACUUCAAUAAAAGUUUGAAAAUAA